UGAAAACAGAGUACAAAAACAGAAUGGAAGCAGUUAAAAACGCAGGCACAUUUAUUGAUUUCAGGCUCAACUCCCCCCAUUUUGCUGUCUGAUUUUUGUAUUGUCGAAACAGAAUCAAUGGAAAACCAGAACGAAACGAUGUCGCAGCAUCUGCUAUCGGCAUUCUUGAAUGUGUACUCCGUGCUGAAAUCUGAGCUCCUGAAUGACUCUGCUUUUGAAUGGAGUGAUGAUUCUCGUCAGUGGGUCGAAGAGAUGUUGGACUACAAUGUACCUGGAGGAAAGUUAAACCGAGGAAUGUCUGUUAUUGAUAGCUACAAGUUGCUAAAAGAAGGCAAAGAGCUAACCGAGGAUGAAGUUUUUCUUUCUAGCGCUCUAGGCUGGUGUAUUGAAUGGCUUCAGGCAUAUUUUCUAGUCCACGAUGAUAUUGAGGAUGGUUGUCAUACGAGACGUGGUCAACCCUGUUGGUUUCGAUUGCCCAAGGUCGGUCUGAUUGCUUUAAAUGGUGGAAUCAUACUUCGGAACCACAUUGCUCGAAUUCUCAAGAUGCAUUUCAGAGAAAAGCCUUAUUAUGUGGAUCUAAUAGAUUUGUUCAAUGAGGUCGAGUUCCAAACAGCUUCAGGACAGAUGAUCGAUUUGAUUACAACUCUUGAAGGAGAAAAAGAUCUAUCAAAGUACUCGUUGCAACUUCAUCGGCGCAUUGUUCAGUACAAGACAGCCUACUAUUCAUUUUACCUUCCGGUUGCCUGUGCAUUGCUUAUGGCUGGUGAGAACUUAGACAACCACGUUGUUGUCAAGAACAUACUCAUCGACAUGGGAAUUUACUUUCAAGUACAAGAUGAUUACCUAGACUGCUUUGGAGAUCCUGAAAAGAUAGGGAAGAUUGGAACGGAUAUUGAAGAUUUCAAAUGUUCAUGGCUCGUUGUAAAAGCCCUGGAACAUUGCAAUGAAGAACAAAAGAAAAUUUUAUUUGUAAGAAGCAAAUUUAAUUUUAUUGUAUUCUAACAAUCUGUUCAUAUCUGACGAAAAAAUGUAUUAACAUCUGCAUUUUUAUUACCAGGAGCAUCAAAAGUUAAAGCACUUUAUAAUGAUAUUGAUCUUGAAGGCGUGUUUUUGGAGUACGAAAACAAGAGUUAUGAGAGAAUAACGAGCUCAAUUGAAGCUCAUUCGAGUAAAGCAGUUCAGGCAGUGUUAAAGUCCUUCUUGGGAAAGAUAUACAAGAGGCAGAAGUAAGGGGUGUUUAGCAUAUGGAAAACCCUUGUGGUACAUAAGGGUUGGUACAUUAUUGUGUGAGGGUAUGGACACCAUUGUGUACCAACCCUUAUGUACCCAUAGACCAACCCUUAGCAUAUAUCAUUGAAGCAAGGGAGGUUUAGAUGAAGUUAAAUAAUCCCAAUAUAUAUAGUGAUUUUUAUUUGUAUUCUAGUUGUUGGAGGAAAAUCAGUUGCCUGGAUUCAUGUUUGUAUCAACCUGUUAUUGUGUUCAUGGUUUUCAACUCCAUCGUCUUGGAUUAAUUAUAUUGCAUGCAACCCUUUUCUGCCAC